GUUCACAGAGAGGGUGCUCUCCCAGAGUCUGAGAUGUGUUUAUUUGUCGCUGGGGUCACCUCUGAAUAGAUCUGAGCAAAGGAGAUUGGAGGCAGAGGUGAGAAUCAGCAUUUUGCUGUUCUCUGUGUUACUUUGAAACAACGCUGACAAUUCAGUUACGUGACCUAUCCUUGAAGGUUCUGCUCUAUACGCAGACAACUAACUGCAUGGCGUGAUUAGUAGAAAAACUGGGCACUUUUUGACUUCAUUGAGAACUCACUUCCUUGACUAGCUCGGCCUCUCUCGGGAGGUGACCACCUCCUGCCAUCGACUGGACACAGACCCUUGGUGCGUGACUUUGGUGCUCUGAGGCACCUCACAGCGUCAGCAGCUAGCCUAACUAGAAGUAACCCAGUUGAGACAAAGAAGGGAUUUUAUUUAACACCUCAAGAUGGGCAGCGGAGCCAGUUCUGAGAGCAAAGAGUCAGCCAGGAGAUCCAGAGAACUGGAGAAGAAACUCCAGGAAGAUGCGGAAAGGGAAGCCAGGACAGUCAAACUACUAUUACUGGGUGCUGGAGAGUCAGGAAAGAGCACUAUUGUAAAGCAAAUGAAGAUCAUCCAUAAAGAUGGUUUCACAUACCAGGAACGCAUGGAGUUCAGAUCUGUGAUUUACAGUAAUGCAUUGCAAUCUAUCUUGUCUAUUGUGAAAGCAAUGACUAUGUUAGGGAUCAAUUACGAAAACCCAGCUAGAAUUGAAGAUGAAAAACAGCUCUGUGCCAUGGCAACAGCUAUGGAGGACGGUGACAUGUCUUCCAAAUUGGUUGAACUUAUUAAACAACUGUGGAAUGACCAAGGGAUCCAGGCCUGCUUUGCAAGGGCAGCAGAGUAUCAGCUCAGCGACUCAGCAGCUUAUUAUCUCAAUGACUUGGAUAGGUUAGCAAUGCCUGACUAUGUGCCCAGUGAGCAAGACGUUUUGCACUCCCGAGUGAAGACAACUGGAAUUAUAGAGACUCAGUUUUCCUUCAAGGAUUUGAACUUCAGGAUGUUUGAUGUGGGUGGACAGCGAUCAGAGAGAAAAAAGUGGAUUCACUGCUUUGAGGGAGUUACUUGCAUCAUAUUCUGUGCUGCACUCAGUGCCUAUGACAUGGUUCUGGUGGAAGAUAAAGAAGUGAAUCGAAUGCAUGAAAGCCUUCAGCUGUUCAACAGCAUCUGCAACCACAAGUGCUUUGCAGCCACUUCCAUUGUGCUGUUUCUAAACAAAAAAGACCUUUUUCAAGAGAAAAUAACAAAAGUUCAUCUCAAUAUCUGCUUCCCUGAGUACAAUGGACUAAAUACAUUUGAAGAUGCAGGAAAUUACAUCAAGAAGCAGUUCCUAGACUUGAACAUAAGAAAAGAAGACAAGGAGAUAUAUUGUCAUUUGACAUGUGCCACAGAUACGCAGAAUGUCAAGUUCGUUUUUGAUGCAGUCACAGACAUCAUAAUCAAAGAAAAUCUGAAAGACUGCGGGCUUUUCUAGCCAUUCAUUCCCUUGCUCCCAGUCUGACUUCAUCUCUGCGCACUUCUUCGCUCAUCCUGUAUGCUGACUGAAGUAAAAAAUAGUAGGGAAGAAACAAUAUUAUUUAGGCUCUAGUUAGCUGUCAAUUGAAGUUUUGGGCUUUAGUUAGCUUUAUCAAUUGAAGCCCGAGCACUGUAGAACAGUAAUGACUUUCUAUAGGCCAUAAGAAGAUUAAAAAACAUGUUCCUGCUCCACAGAGAUGCUAGCUGCUGAUAAUUCCGGCUGGAAUCAAAGGGAAUUUCUCAUUGAAAUUCAUACAAUUUGAAGGUAACCAGCACUUCUUGGGAAGUGGGGGAUAACUCAAUACCCCAUGUUUUCUAGUGGGGGGGAAAAAAAGCAUAUAACAGAGAUUAGAUAAUGUGUUUUUAUUUGCAUUUAAAGUCUUAAGAAAGCCAUAAAAUAAAAAACAGUAUCACUAGAUAAUUUCAGCUCAGUACUUUUGCACUGAGCUUGAGUACUUGAGUACUUUUUCCAUGCUACGUUCACAACUAAAAAUGACAUUACAUUAAUCUAGCAGAAGCAAACCCCCAGACCUAUCUGGUUUAUGAUAAAGAGCAGUGCAAAAUCUACAUGUUCUAUUAUACUGUUUUGGUAGAAGAGCUGAGGGACACAUACACAUAAACUGUACACAUGUAAAAUUCACAAGGCCUCUUACCCUGUUUGGAGAAAAAACAGUAAGAUGUAGGCAGAUGGCAGGCAAUUUUUUGGAAAUAUCCCUGAGGGAAAAAAUAUUACAGUAACUAUCAAUUCCUGCAUAUGCCAUAAGGAUAAGUGUAAACAUUUUUUUAAUACUUAAAGACCUAACUUUUUUUAAUAAUUAAUAGUCUCGCUGCUAGACAGCUUCUCUGGUGCUCUGGUGAAAAUGACUAUUGAAAUAGUGUAGAGCAAAUGCAAUCUACCAGUCCCAGUAGCAAAAACACAUUCUUUAGGCUCUGGUACAGAGGUCCAUUUUCUAUGCAAAGAACUUGCUAAGAACCGCUUUACUCUUAUUCUGAUUUAUUGUGACUAUAACUCUGGAAAAUAUUUAACUGUUUUAAAUGGAAUGGGAGUUAAUAAAAAUAGUGUACUGACUUUUGAAAUUUGACCUUGAAACAACUCUCAGAUUUUGAAAUCUGAACAAUGAUAAAAUAAGCUGAUUUUUUUACGACAUUUCAAUAUAAUUUUCAGCAUGUGUUGAUUAUAUUCUGGUCAAGCUAACUAUUGAAAGACCUAUAAUAAGGAAUCUAGUCUGUCCCUGAGCAGCAGAAUCCUGCAAGCUCUCCACAUAAGCAAAGACCAAACUGGUCUGUGCUGGUCACUCACCAAAACUAGGAGCUGAUGCUAAACACUAUAAACAGCACAAAUCCUGAGGUAGAGCCCUACUGUGAAACCCUAUAAUACCACAAUCUUGGAAAAUGCAGCCCAACCGUCUACUGAAUUUUAAGACUUAAAACUUGUCACUACUGCCUCUUGCUGUGUGCAGACUCACAGCUUCAGCAGUCUUCCUGUCAGUGUCCAUCUAGAAAUCAGCUGUUUAACAACAAGCACUUCUGAUCCAGUGGUCUAAGCCAGUGGACUGCCAAUGGGGCUGCCAGCAAUGAGGAUGACUUUGAUGGUGUGAAGACAUGGGAGUCCUCAAGUAGAUACAAGGGACUGGGAUAGCUGAAUCUUAGCUGAAUCUGAGCUACCAAAAUAAAUGUGGAAAACUACUGCCUCCUACCAGGAACAUGUUUGACAGUUGAGGAUAGACUAAAGGGAUUGAUACUGGUGUCAGUUAAAUUGCAUAUGAACUGCAUGCAGACAGCUGUAGAGAUUAAAUAGUAUAUGAAAGGAAGAAAAUGUGAAAAAUGGUGAGAGUUUAAAGUACAGUAAGAUAAACUUAAUAGAAGGGAUUGUUAGGCCUUGGUUUGGGAAUAGCACCUUGACUGACACCUGCCAGACUAAAGGCCAGCUUCUCCUCACUUGAUUUGGAAAACUGUAUGCAAAGCCUUAGCUAGAGCUGUGCAGGGAGCAAUCCCGCGUGAGAAAGAUGGCUAAAUACAAUUUCUACUGUCUAGAUUUCUAUUACUGCCCGAUCUGUAACGCUUUACUUGACUGAUUCCUUGUUUGUAUUGAAAAUAACAGAUUUCUAGUGCUAAGGUUUCUGAAUUCAUUUCCUGCAAUAAAUCUCGUUUGAAAUGGACAAUUUCAA